GUGUGUGUGUGUGUGUGUGUGAAAUGUUUGGCGCGCUUGGUUUGCUGCUGCUGCUCAGCUGCGCCGCUUGGGCCGCUCAAGAGGGCAACGUCAUAUUGGAAACGCUGAAUUUUCUGCGUCGCGGUCAGUCGGACGUGGAGCUGGAGAACUUUGACAACACCGUGCAGCUGGAGUCCGAAUAUGAUUUCAUUGUUGUGGGCGCAGGCACCGCCGGCUGCGCGCUGGCCGCGCGUCUCAGCGAGAAUCCCGAUUGGAAGGUGCUGCUGCUGGAGGCGGGCGGACCCGAGCGCUUGGUUAUGGAUGUGCCCAUAGUGGCGCAUUUUCUGCAGCUGGGCGAAAUGAACUGGAAGUAUCGCACACAGCCCUCGGAUCACGCGUGUCUGGCCAUGAACAACAAUCGCUGCAACUGGCCACGUGGCAAGGUGAUGGGCGGCAGCUCCGUGUUGAACUAUAUGAUGUAUACGCGUGGCAAUCGCCGCGACUACGAUCGCUGGGCAGCGCUGGGUAAUCCCGGCUGGAGCUGGCAGGAUGUGCUGCCGUAUUUCAAGAAAUACGAGGGCAGCAGUGUGCCCGAUGCGGAGGAGAAUCUGGUGGGACGCAAUGGUCCGGUUAAGAUCAGCUAUGUCAACUGGCGCUCCAAGAUAUCCGAAGCGUUUGUGGAGGCGGCGCAGCAGGAUGGCCUCAAGUAUCGCGACUACAAUGGACGCAUCCAGAACGGCGUUGCCUUUCUUCACACCACAACACGCAACUCCACGCGCUGGAGCAGCAAUCGCGCGUAUCUGUAUCCGCUCAAGGGCAAGCGCAGCAAUUUGCAUGUAAAGAAAAAUGCGCUGGUCACCAAGGUGCUCAUCGAUCCGCAGUCUAAGGCUGCUUAUGGCAUUAUGCUGAUGACUGAUGGACGCCAGCAGAAGGUGCUGGCCAGGCGAGAGGUUGUGCUCUCGGCGGGCGCCAUUAAUACGCCGCAGCUGCUGAUGCUCUCCGGCGUGGGUCCUGCCAAGCAUUUGCGUGAGUUGGGCAUAAAGCCGCUGGCGGAUUUAGCUGUGGGCUAUAAUCUGCAGGAUCACACAGCGCCGGCUGUUACCUUCACCACCAAUGCAACGUCGCUGAAAUUCGAAGACUUUUCGGAUCCCACUUGGCUGAAUCGCUUCAAUCGCAUGGAGGGUCCCUAUGGCUCGCCGGGUGGCUGCGAGGCCAUCGCUUUCUGGGAUUUGGACCAUCAGCGUGAGGCGGACGGCUGGCCGGAUAUUGAGCUGUUUCUCGUGGGCGGCUCCAUGAGCUCCAAUCCGGCCAUAUCACGCGCAUUUGGACUAAAGAAAUCGAUUUACGAUUCGGUGUUUGCCGAAAUUGAGGAUAAGUCGCUCAACGCUUUUAUGAUCUUCCCCAUGAUCUUGCGUCCGAAGAGUCGUGGCCGCAUCAUGCUAAAGAGCACCGAUCCGUUCAAGUAUCCGCUGAUCUAUGCCAACUAUUUUGCGCAUCCCUAUGACGUGGACAUUUCGGUGCGUGGCCUGCUCAAGGCCAUCAGCCUGAUGGAGCAGCGCGGCUUCCAGGCGAUCGAUGCCAAAUUGUGGGAGCGCAAGAUUCCCACCUGCAAGCAGCAUCCGUACAAGAGCUGGGCCUACUGGGCCUGCUAUGUGCGCCACUUCACCUUCACCAUUUACCACUACUCCGGCACCUGCAAGAUGGGCCCGAAGUCGGAUCGCGCCGCUGUCGUCGAUGCGCGGCUGCGUGUUCAUGGCAUUCGGAAUCUGCGCGUGGCCGAUGCCAGCAUCAUGCCCGAGAUUAUGUCCGGUCAUCCCAAUGGGCCGGUGUUCAUGAUUGCCGAGAAGGCGGCGGACAUGAUCAAACAAGAUCAUGGCUAUAUCAAGUAAUCAAUUUAUCAAUUGCUUUUGUCUGUUAUACAAUAUUGAACUGAUUUAUGUUUUAUAAGUUUAGCAUUUAAGCCUCAAGAAAUAAAUACAAACAGUUAUAUUUUAAUUUUUUAAAGAAAACGACAUUGAACAUUGUCGCAUUGUUUCAAUUCCAUUUCGUUCCAUUGUUGUCGCUUGGCAAUUUUCAUGCUAAUCAAGCAACAACAACAACAACAAUCAAAGUUGAAAGCCAAGUCCAAGUCAAGC